AUGACAUCAUUAAUAAGCAAGCUUAAGAUCAAGCCUACCAGUUUAUCUGAAUGGAAACAAAGAUAUAAUUUGAUAGGAUAUUUAAAUAAGGACAGACAAGUGAGGAUAUAUAUAACUGAAGGCAGUUGGUAUGCAACAGAGGACGUUCCAAGACUCAGAUAUAAACAUGAUGAAACAUUAACAAAUUGCGAUAUACCAUGUAUCUGGAAAGUAAAAAAUUUAAAUGAUUUAACGUCCGAAGAGCUUAAAAAUGCUGAUGCUUUUUUUUGCGUUAAUCAACCAAGUUUACCAAAAAAGAGAGCGUGGAAAGGACAAAGGUUCAUACAAUAUACUUUAGAACCUAAGACUCAUUGCCCCCAAUGUCAUGAUAAAAACCAUAUAUUUGAUAUCCGCGCAACUUAUCAUGAAUCUUCUGAUAUACCUACAAGUUAUGUUAGAAUGGAUUCCAAAAGAUGGUUAUCAGUACUUCCUUUUAAUAUAACAAAGCUCCGCCAGAAUUCACCAUUUAUUUCGUUUAUUGCUUCUCAUUGGACUGAGUUCAGGGAAAAUUUUAUUUCAAGUAUUGAGGCCCAUAUUCCUGUCGCUUCCUUCGGUAGCGUCCGUCAAAACACCGAUUGGAGAAUUUAUCCUGAAUGCGAGGGUUUAAACUACUUUGACUCAAAGAAUUGUAUAAUUUCUAAAUAUCCAUUUUACUUUGCAAUUGAAAAUUCUCAAGAAGAAGAUUACUCUACCGAAAAGCUUUGGGAUACGUUUAACCUGGGUGUCGUGCCUGUUAUAUGGGGUGCGCCUAAUACUCGUUCAUACUUACCGCAUCCUAAAUCUGCUAUUUUUAUUGAAGAUUUUAAGGACGCCAAGGCUCUUGCAGAUUAUUUGAAAUAUUUAGUUAAAAAUGAGACUGCAUAUUUAGAAUAUCAUAAAUGGCGGACUAUGAAGUUGUCUAAUGAAUUUGAGAAGAAAUCAUACAUGAGCAUGUAUAAUGUUGAAUGUAACGUUUGCAGAGAGGUUGCUAGGUUAAGGAUUCUUGAAGAAUCUGAAUACAAUAAUACUAAUAGAUGA